ACGGAGCAAUUCAGUUCUCUCUCUUCCCACUCCCACUGCGUCACUGCUAAGAUCACCAUCUUGGCUUCACCAACUCUAUAUAAGGAGGACACUGCAUAAUCAAAUUCCAUAUUAUCACUCACAGAAACAAAAGGCGUAGAGAAUUCUCAAGAGAAGAAGCAUACACAAAUGGCUGCUACUGCCCUGGAUAAGAGUGUGCCAGAGAACUUGCCUCCUGUCUUGGAUGCCAGUGCCGAGCAGCCUCCACUCUUCAACGGAACCACAAGGCUGUAUACCGCCUACAUAUGUCCAUAUGCACAGCGAGUGUGGAUCACCAGAAACUAUAAGGGACUACAAGACAAGAUCAAACUAGUUCCUCUAGACCUUCAAAACAGGCCUGCAUGGUAUGGGGAAAAAGUUUACCCUGCCAAUAAGGUGCCAUCUUUGGAGCACAAUGGAAAAGUCACUGGGGAGAGUCUUGAUCUGAUUAAAUACCUUGAUAGCAACUUUGAAGGGGAAUCUCUUCUUCCUGAUGAUCCUGCUAAGAAAGAGUUUGCUGAAGAGUUAUUUUCCUACACCGAUACAUUCACUAGUAUUGUUCUUACUUCAUUUAAGGGAAAAGCAGCAGAAGAAGCUGGUCCUGCUUUUGAUUACUUGGAAAAUGCUCUUCAUAAAUUUGAUGAUGGGCCAUUCUUCCUUGGCCAAUUCAGUUUGGUAGAUAUAGCCUAUGCACCAUUUGUUGAAAGAUUCCAAGCCUUCUUAUCAGAGGUAUUCAAAUAUGAUAUCACUGCAGGCAGGCCUAAACUUGCAGCAUGGAUUGAGGAGAUAAACAAGAUUGAGGCUUACAAGCAGACAAAAAGAGAUCCUAAAGAGUUUGUUGAAUUAUACAAGAAGCGGUUUCAGAUUCAGUAAUUAGCAAUUGCAAUGGUCUUGAAUUGACUGACGUUGCUCUCCAUAUGAACAAAAUAAGAGACUUUGAGAUAGAAAAUUAGAAAUGCACUUGUCUAGAUUCUUGAUUCCUCAAACUCAUGUUCCUAUUGAUAAUUGUCUACCUCUAUGUAUCUUUUAUGAAUAAGGAGCAACCUUUUUGCUGUAUUAUUAUUAUUUUUUUUAAAUAAUAUUACUAAAACUAUGAUAUUUUAAUUGCUCAA